AAAUGUAUUAAUUCAUUCGCGAGAUGCGGUCCAAAGUGUUAGGAUGGUAUAUUUGCGGUAACGGUAACUAACAAGUGAAUAAUAAAGACGGUACGAGUACGGUGGCGCACGAGUGAUGUUCAAAAUAAUUGCAAAAUUUGCAUAAUAAGUGAGAAGGGCGCUUGUAUAACUGUGUAUACUUAUAGUGAAAAAAAAUUUCUUCAAAAUCAAAAUGAGUUGCAAAGCUUUAAAAUAUAAAAUUAAAUAAAAGUAAAAAUACGAAAAAUACUUAUGGAAAUUUAUUCUGUUUUUGAAUACAGAAAGUGACUUCAAAUUAAAGAAAAAAAGUAAAAAAUAAACUAAUUAUGCAAUUAGUAGCGAUAACAAUAUUUACAUUAAACAAAAAACCGACAACAAUAACAACAACUAUUGAAGCAUGAGCUUCACAGAAUUAGCAAUGAAUCUAAGCACAACGCUAACAACAAAUCAAUCAAUAUACAAUAACAGCAGCAGCAACGACAACGAACUACACCAAAACAUCACCACUUACAACAACACAUCCUACCCUUACACCAACAAUAUCAGUAGUAGCAGCAAAAUGUUAGAAAUACAAAACAUCACAACGGCAUUGUUGAAUGCCACCGCACAAAGCCUCACCGAUCCCGAGUUUGAACAAUACGAGGAAAUUGAUGAGCUCUCAGCGGAGCUACGCAAUUUCGUACGCAUUGUUGUACCCUUCUGUUUUGGCAUUUUCGCACUGUCGGGCUUCUUCGGCAAUACGCUCGUCAUACUCGUGGUGCUCUUCAAUCAGCAAAUGCAUUCCACCACCAACCUGUUAAUUGUCAAUUUGGCUGUGGCCGAUCUGCUUUUCGUCGUUUUCUGCAUACCGUUCACCGCAACCGAUUACAUAACCGAGUAUUGGCCCUUCGGUGAUUUGUGGUGUCGCACAGUGCAAUAUCUAAUUGUUGUUACUGCAUUCGCGAGCAUUUACACAUUGGUGCUGAUGUCAGUCGAUCGGUUCUUGGCCGUCGUACAUCCGAUACGUUCGCGACAAUUACGCACAGAGAAGGUGACAAAGAUCGCUAUCGUCACACUGUGGGUGAUCAUUUUGUCAAUAUCGUUUCCGGUGCCGCUGGUGCAUGGCUUAACGAAACUGGAACCAUUUCCAAAUGUCACCUAUGCAUUUUGCACCUUCUACGAGGACAAUUUGAUCGUCACCCAAACCAGCUAUCAAAUGAUAUUUUUCGCCUGCUCCUAUCUGCUGCCGCUAAUGGCAAUUAGUGGCCUCUAUGUGCGCAUGAUUAUGCGUCUGUGGCAUCAGGGCAGCGGCGUACAGAUGUCGGUGAAAUCGCAACGUGGCCGCAAGCGUGUCACACGUCUCGUUGUGGUUGUUGUUGUGGCAUUCGCAUCGCUAUGGCUGCCAGUACAGCUGAUUUUGCUGCUGAAAGCGCUCGGCAUCUAUCAUUCGAACACGAAAUUCAAAUUGUUGCUGCAAGUCAUCGCCCAAACGCUGGCCUACAUGAGCUCCUGCAUCAAUCCGCUGCUGUAUGCCUUCCUCUCGGACAACUUUCGCAAGGCCUUCUAUAAGGCCAUACACUGCUCGGAGAGAUACCAGAAUUACACAACGGAUUUGCCGCCACCAAGGCGUACAUCAUGCGCCCGCACAUCGACCACAGGCCUGUGAAUUACCUGCAGCAGCAGCGGCAGCGGCAGCCAAGCAGCAGCAAUGAGCACACCAGUGCGUAUGAGUAACAACCAGCUAAAGAACUGUGCGGAGGAGGCGCUCACAGCACAGCGGCGGACAACGGCUGCCAACUGGCGAGUGUAAUGAUAAAUUAUGUCGCUUAACGCCAACUUUCGCCGCAUAUCCGGCGAUUUGGGUGAAAUAAAAUACAAAAUAUAUAAAUGGCUAUAUACAUAGGUAUAUGAGAGUGUAUGUAUGUAUGUAUGAAUUUAAUGACAACAAAUAAAUAAAUAAAUUUUGUGGUUUGAAAAAAGCGAGAAAAUAAAAGCGUCCGAAUAUAUAUAUAUUACAUAUAAAUAUAUUUAAAAUCUGUAUUUAUAUAUAAGAAAAUAAAUUGAAUUUAUUUUAAAAAGCGUGCAGUGAAAGCCUGCUCUAAGAAAGUGAAAAGUGGCAAUGAACGAGUGAAUGUGAGUAAUCGAAUAUUCGCUUUCCUUUCGCCUUAAACCUCUUACACUCCCCACUUAUUUACCGCAAAAGAUGCCGCCAGCAAUGCACGUUAAAAGUUUUUAAAGCAGCGGCAGCCAAUUAACGCCGAACGUGCUGCUUUAAUUAAGGCUUACGAUUUCGCGAAGAUGAUGGAAAAUGGAGAAAGUGCAGACAACCCUUAAGCGCACUUACACAUACCCACUCAAACACACACACACAUAUGUAUGUAUGUAUGUAUGUGCCUAUGUACGCAAUGAAUUGAAAGCCCCGCUUGCCUACUUCUAGGCGCUUGCCACACAAUUCACCAACCCAACAGUUGCCUUUUAAGCCGCCUUACACACGGACGCUGACUGAUUUGUGCGUACGCUUUGUGUCGAUAAGUGCCGAACAUUGACCACUGAUGCGCACUGAAAUGCGGCUAAUUUGCUUUGCUCGCCACUCGCCACUCAAAUGCCGAAUUCUCGUUUGACUGACGCAUUGGCGGAACGCUGCUGACGUUGUUGAAAGCGAAAGCGCACGCGAAAACAGACACACAGACUGACUUGACAGAACUACAUACAUACAAACAUAGAUUUCUAUGAAGUGCUUUCUGUUGUUGUUGUGCAGUCGCGCUGCUUUGAUUGAUGGCCUUUACAGUAUUUUUACUUCACACACUGACACACUUACCGUUAUACUUAAAUAUAUAGUACAUAUAAAUGAAUAUGUGCUGUGUCGUUGCACACAAAAAAAAAACAACAACAACAACAAUAAAAUAAACACAAAUAAAUAAACAAUUAAGUAUAUAAUGUUUUGACAGUUAGCUUAUUGUAAGCCGUUAUUUAAUAAGUUACUUUUUGUUGUUGCCAUUUUUGUUUUGUUUUGUAUCGAAAAAUAUAGUAUUUAGUUGGUAUUUAUAACUCUAUGUGAG